GAGUAUGGAAGUGGAAUCGAAUAUUAAGCAGCGCUCCACUAAUGGCAGACACUUGCAAUCGCUAUCUCCGGCGAGGGGAUCCGAUUCAAAGGAGAGUUCCGUGGAACGAGAGCUCAAUGGGGACAUUCAGGCGGUAGAGCUGAACGGCGGAGGCGCCACGAAUGGGCACAUCAAGAAGCCGCUGCCCGUGGAUGAUGGCAGGAUUAAGCGCAAAGCAAAACGGCUGAUCGUCCAAAGACAGAACAGUGGCAGCGGCACAUCCAGCGGCAGUCCCAGCCAAACCAACGGCAAUGGAGUGAGUGGAGCGGGUGGUGCCGGUGUUUCGCCAAUAGUGAUCAACGGUAUCCUACCCACUCCCGGUGGCUAUGUGGUGCCCCAUCGCCGCUGGAAGAAUAGUCGUCGCUCCCGGAACCUGAACCGCGGCCGUGGUCUGCCAAAGAAGGGUGGUGCCGGUGGCAAGGGAGUUUGGGGGCUACCCGGCUCCGAAGCUCUUGCCGAAGUCUAUGAAGACGAGAAUGAUCCGAACUAUGAUAGCGAGUGCAACGAUCGCAAUGUGGAGCUGCGCGAGGUGAUCACGGAGAUCACACCCGAGGAGUUCUUCAAGCUGGCGGAGCCCAUUGUUUUGGAGUAUUACGAGCACGGGGACACACACGAGGUGGCCUUGAGCUUUGAUGAGAUACUGCAGGGUCCCUUGCGGGAGCACAUCACUAGCAUUCUCGUGGAGAUCGCUAUGGACCACAAGGACUCUCAGCGUGAGAUGACCUCGGUGCUGAUCUCCGAUCUCUACGGCAGGGUCAUCACCGGCAAGGACAUCGAGAAGGGCUUCAACAUGCUCCUGGGCAAUCUGCCGGAUCUCAUUCUGGACACUCCAGAGGCGCCCUUUAUGCUGGGCAAUUUUAUGGCCCGCGCCGUGGCCGAUGAUUGCAUUCCGCCGAAGUUUGUGGCCAAGGCUGAGGAAGAGUUGCGUAGUCUACAGCUGGGCGAGUAUGCCGAGCAUGCCCUUCGUCGCGCCGACUCGCUGCUACACAAGCAAGGCUGGGCGCAUUUGGACAACGUCUGGGGCAUGGGUGGCCCACUGCGUCCGGUGAAGACGAUCACCAAGCAGAUGGAGCUUCUGCUCAAGGAGUAUCUCUCCUCGCGCGAUGUGGCCGAGGCGCAGCGCUGUCUGCGUGCUUUGGAGGUGCCUCACUAUCACCACGAGCUCGUCUACGAGGCGAUCGUAAUGACACUAGAGUCCCUCAGCCAGACCACCGAGGAGGCCAUGUGUGAGCUGCUUAAGCAGCUGGAUCUCACCUGCUUGGUGCUGCCCGCGGGCAUGGAGCAGGGCUUUAUACGCGUCUUUGAUGAUAUGGCCGAUAUCGUUCUGGAUGUGCCACUGGCUUAUAUAAUACUCGAUCGCUUCGUCGAGCGCUGCAAUCGCGCCGGAUUCCUUACCGACAAAAUAAUCAACAAUGUGCCAUCGCGCGGACGCAAGCGUUUCGUUUCGGAGGGCGACGGAGGACACGUUAAGCCAGUCACCUUGCCCACCUUGCGCGAUUAAACUGGGAUUUAAUGCUGCUAUAUAUAUACAUAUGCAUAUAUAACGACAACUCCAGCCUCCCAAAAAGGACACCUAAAAAAGCAACAACACAAGAAAAAAAAAAAAAAAAAAGAAAAACAAAAA